UCCUACAUCCUCUCUCUCACUAUUUUUCUCCCUGGCCUCAAAGUCUCUCUUAUCUCUCUCUCUCUUUCUAAUUUCUAUUCUAAUAAAUUCUUCCCUUUUUCACGGCGGAGCCACCGUCCGUACACCGGAAACCACCGUGUUCGCCGGAAUCCGACGAUCUUAAUAGAUCCUUCUAGAACUUCCUUUCAAACUCAUUCCCAUACCCUUCAAUUUUUUCCAGUAAUCUCUCUUCAAUUUUUUUACUGUGUUCAAAUUGAAAAAGAAAAGGAUUUUUUUUUUAUUUAUUUACUUACUUUUACUUUCUCGGGGUACUUUCUUAUUUUAUAUAUUUUCUUGUAACUCUCGAAAACUUUUUAUUUUCUUAUCUACCCAAAACAACGAGCAAUGUACCUGUUUUAGUGAAAUUACUUUCUUGACCUCUGUUUUUAAUUGUUUCUUCCAAACCCCAUAAUUCCUUAACCGUAAAUUCACCUUUUCCCCUUUUUUAUUUUUAGUGUGGUGACGUGGCAUGCUAUAGAUUAGAUUGGGAAAAAAAACGGAGGGCUAAGAUGAAUAAUUAUCACUCACGUCGAAUCUUAACACUUGAGGAGUCAUCACGCAAACGAAAAGACCGAGACACGUUUUAUUCUUCUUCCUCUUCAUCAAGACCGUCAAAUUCACUAACGGCUGUUAGUAAUGCUAGUGUUACGACGUCGUUUAGCAAAGCCGAGCCGAAUAAUCAAAAAAUGCCUAAUCCAGUUUUAGCUGGUUAUAUGGCUUAUGAGUUUUUAACAAAAGGGACUUUAUUGGGUCAAAAGUUUGACCCGGCUCGAGCUAAAGCUGUUCCUGUGAACGCUUUAGCCGAGCCGGUCAAGAAGCGAAAAACCGAGCCGGGUAGGAACGGGAAGGUGAAGCAGCCGAGCCAGAGUUAUGAUGAGUUGGCGAGUUUGUUGAGGAGUGAUGGGACCCACAUUCCUGGGAUUGUUAAUCCUAGUCAGCUGGCACAGUGGAUUCAGAUGUGACGUGGAGGAUUUUCAUUGGACGAGGUUUGAAAUCCAUGUAAGAAUACUUGUAAAACCGACACCUUGGGUUUUUUGGCUUAAAAAGGAAAGAAGUACCGAACCGAACCAUUUUCUGCAUUGUAUGAAUCACUUUCGCAGAAAUAUAUGUCUGUUGUUGUUUUGAUUAAUUACUUUGUUAUGUUAAUUUGUUUUUUUUUUCUCUCUCUCUCGAGAUGUUUUGACAUUUUACUGUUGUUAUUUAGAUGACUCAUGAAUGUUAUGUGCUGGCCGGACCAGCUUUUU